UUUUUGUUUUCAACCUAAAGAGGGAGCAGGAAAUUGCAUUUGAAAGUAUGUUAAUGAAUCGAGACCUACUUGUCGUGUUGCCGACUGGACAUGGCAAGCCGGUUAAAUUUCACAAACAUACAUGAUGGCAAGCGGGCAACGAAACAACACGAAGGUGUUUGCCCGUUUAACAGCAUCAUCAAAGACCAGAUUACCGAGACAAGGUCACUUGGAAUCUUGGAGUGUGCGUCCUUGCUAGGCCUUAACUCUCCAGCCAUCUCCGGCAAAACUUAAUCAACAACAGAUUUCGCACCAGCAUGUUGUUACGAAAACGAUUGAAAGUUUUCUCGAGAAAGCUGAGCUUCCAACGUUCAUACUUCCGACGAAAAUGAAUUGGCCUGUUUUUUCCUGCGGUUUUGCGGAUUGAAAUGAAAAAUCAGAGCAGGCUCCCUUUGUCGAUUUCGCGCUCGCGGCCACUGCGCUCGCGCAUGUGCACCAACGUGAACCUUCUAGUAAGCCUAAGUCUUUUGCUCCCUUCAAUCUGAUUUCCAAAUGAUCACGGUGAUCGCUGAAAAAAGAGUCCAGAAGUUCGGGGAACACUGCGAUCAUAUGCAAACAACAGCUCUGUCACCGAUCGUGACGAUCAUGGUGCCGGGAACCGCGGCAUGGUAUUCUGUCAUUGCUGUGUCACGCGUGCGAUAGCUACACACAAGUCACGCGAUAGUUCUGUCGAGCAUCCUUCACAUGUGUCAGAACGUACGUCCUGUCAGACAUAUCGAUAUCAAAACAGGCAGUGUAUUAGCAUGGCCUCAAAGUCUUACGAAAGUGGCUUUAAGAGGUAUUACGGGAAUAGAUUAGACAAUAUCUCAAAUGAAACAACAGAGGAAGAUAUAAAACGCAUAUACGACGAUUGGGCGGGCGAAUAUGAGGAGAGCGUCGUCGUUGCAGCGGGUGGAAUUUACUACAAGCCAUUUGCCGAAUCUUUCGAUGCAACAGUCAAAAAACUCUUAAAGGACAUGGCAAAAGAUCAGAUUAAAAUCAUUGAUGUCGCAGCCGGAACGGGGCUGAUUGGUGUUGAACUUCAAAAACUCGGCUACGCUAACCUACAUGCUCUGGAUAUCUCACAAGAAAUGUUGAAUGAAGCCAAGAAGAAAAACGUGUACAAGAAGCUCAUAUGUGCAGCUUUGAAUGAUCAGCGGAUUCCUGAGAUUGAGACAGGAGAGUUUGAUGCGUUGGUGUGCGGUGGUACGAUGCUCACGGGACAUAUCCGCUCCUCGGCGCUUGUGGAAAUGAUUAGAAUGGUGAAGAUCGGUGGUCUUAUUUGUUUCAACAUUCGGGAUGGUCAGCUGGUUGACUACCAAGGAAAGAUAUCCGAACUGGAGACAUUGGGAAAAUGGAAAAAAGUCUCCAAAACUGUAAUACCAUUUUUCGAAAGUGAUGGCAUGCCAAAAGAAACUAUGGUGUUCGUAUACAAAGUGCUCGAUGUUAUAAUUUGACUGUGAUUGUUAACCGAUGAAUUCCUUUAGAAAUAGUUUGUGGUUUUAUUUUGAGGUCUCUUUGCUGAAUGCAAACUGUAUGAGAACUUUUGCUCAUGUUCGGGUGGUAUUUGUAUCCACUGGUAUUCGAGCGCGGAGAUCCAAAACGGUUUGCCUAAACUAAUAUAUACAUUAAAAACAUGACUGGUUUUGUUAAUCGAUCGUGUUGCAAGUGACGGAAUCGAAUGACAUUCGCAUACACUUUGCCAUGUACAAAUACAUACAUACACUUUAGCUUGACAUGGUACAAAACAUCAGCUACAAACUUAAUUAACGAGAUUAAAAGCAAAACAAAACAAAACAAAAAAACACGAAAGAAGAAAAGAAUUUCAUAUGUUUUCCAUACUUCUAAGUAUAUAUAAAAAUAAUUAUAUAAAAAAGUAUAUAAAAAAGUAUACAAAAAAAUAUA